GAAACAGACACGAUCUGGGCCAUUCCAUUGCAGCAGAAGUUUCGGGAGUAACAUUUUAUAAGUGUUAUCCUGUUCCCAGUUUAGGAGCCUAAAUUUCCUUUCGCAGACAGACUUGUUAGUGUUUCUGUGCUGUAUAAUAUAGCAGGGUUGGGCUCUCUGGCUGGCCUGCUGCUUUGUUGGAUGUAGUAUUGCCCUGCCAGACAGAGAGAGAGCACCCCUGAAAAUACAAAAGACACAGAUGGGGAGGGUGCCCAUAAAAAUGUAUGUGAAAGGCGGCAGGCAGCUUUGAUACUCCAGGCGGCUCUAGCUGGUGAUAUGUAAGGAGAGUGUGGGGAAUAUAACUUGGUCAUUAAAAUGUUCAGAGUCAGAGAGGGGGGCAGUUGGUUGUGGGUAUGGGCAGCAGCUAGCAAUGGAGAGAGGGGCAUUACCUGUGUCUUUUUAAGAUGCUGGGCUGUACUGUGUGAAGGAGCUGCUCUGUGAUUGAAUUAAGGGCAGUACUGCUGCAUUAACACACCCCAAGAUUUCCCUUCUCUGCUCCAGUUUGGGCAUCAGCAACCAUAAAUCAGAUCCAGAGAGCAUUCAGUUUAAUCCAGCGUUAAUGCCGAGGAGUCUGAUGGCAAGGGACAGAGUACCGGGACAAGGGCUGCUCCUCAGACUGAGCGUCUCCAUGGUGCUGCUGGGGUCUCUCCUUCCCAGCACAGACUGUAGUCCUCAUCCACCUCCGCGGUUUGCUUCCUAUGAAGUGAUAGUUCCGAGGAAGCUAGCACCCAAGGAAGGCAAAGCCACCAAUGAUGAGGUGUCCUAUGUCAUCAAGGCAGAAGGAAAGAACCACAUUGUUCACCUAAAGCAGAAGAAAGGAUUCCUAGUAAAAAAUUUCCCAGUCUUCACUUACGAUGCUAGAGGUCAACUGAGAGUAGAUCUGCCCCAUAUUCCAGAUGAUUGUUACUAUCAUGGGUAUGUGGAAGAUACCCCAGAGUCUCACGUGGCCCUCAGCACCUGCUCUGGACUCAGAGGGUUUCUCCAGAUUGGGAGCUUAAACUAUGAUAUUGAACCUGUGGAGACUUCCUUUACAUUCCAGCACCGUCUUUAUCGAACAGAGGAGAUGGAACCCAAGGCUGUGACAUGUGGAUUAACCGCCAAAGAGAUCAAAUAUCAAGCUUCUGAGACGGAGAGGAGGCAGGUUCCCAAAGCGGAGGCAUUUCAUCCCUGGACACACACUAAGUAUAUGGAGCUUCUUAUAGUGGUGGACAAACUGCGGUUUGAAUAUUCAGGCAGAAAUAUAACUAAUGUUUCAAUGCAAGUUAUUGAUGUAGUCAGUAUGGUGGAUGAGCUUUUUUAUCCUCUUCGUCUUCGCGUACUACUAACUGGACUAGAGAUUUGGACAGAAAGCAACCCCAUCAAAAUUACACACAAUAUAAGUGAGGUUCUUUUCAAUUUUAACCUUUGGAGAAAACGUCACAUUUAUCCACGGGCGCCACAUGAUGUAGGACACCUGUUUGUGUAUAUGAAUUUUGGAGCAAACAUUGGAAAAGCGUACCUGAGAAGUGUCUGUGAUAAGAAACGUGCAUCGGGUGUCGAAGCAUUCAUGCAUGGCCCUUCAAGGGAGUUUGCUGUGCUUUUUGCUCAUGAGUUGGGACAUAAUAUUGGCAUGAAACAUGAUGGAAAAGAGUGCGUAUGUGCCAAUGACAGUACCUGCAUCAUGAAUGCACAUCAUACACAAGUCCAUCAAUUCAGUAACUGCAGUUCUAGAGACUAUUUUGACCUAACAGUGUCAGGGCAAGGACGCUGUCUGAAUAACAUCCCAGAAAUUGAAAAACUAUUUCAUGUGCAGCAUUGUGGCAACUUCAUAGUUGACCCAGGAGAACAGUGCGAUUGCGGCUCCAAAAAGCAAUGUAAAAAGGACCCUUGCUGUGAUCACACUUGCCAGUUGAAGCCAGGGGCUAUUUGUGCUUUCGGACAGUGCUGUCACAAAUGUCAGUUUCUUCCAGAAGGAAGAACAUGCAGAAAGAAGACAACUGAAUGUGACCUGCCUGAGUAUUGCAAUGGGACUUCUCCAUGGUGCCAAGAGAAUGUGUAUAUGCAAGACGGGACUUUAUGCAGUGACAACGGCUACUGUUUUCAUGGGUUUUGCUCUACUCACAAUUUACAAUGUCAACACCUCUUUGGCAAAGCAGCUAUGGCAGCUCCAGAAAGUUGCUUCAAAGAAGUGAACCUAAAAGGGGAUCGGUUUGGCAACUGUGGAGGGGACGGGGGAGAUGUAAAGUUUGAGCAAUGUAAAUUGGAAAACAUCUUGUGCGGAAGGGUGCAGUGUGUGAAUGUAAAAAGAAUACCUUGGGGAGAGGAUCAUACGACCCUAAUUCAAACUCCAGUGGAUAAUAUGUGGUGCUGGGGUACGGACUUUCACGUGGGGAUGGAGCUCUCUGAUACUGGUAUAGUAGAAGAUGGUGCAAAGUGUGGAACAAACAAGAUUUGUAUUAACCAUACAUGUGUCAAUGAGACAACAGUGCUGACAUCCAGCUGUACUGUAAAGAAGUGUGGCGGUAGAGGGGUUUGCAACAGUAACGGGAACUGCCAUUGUAAUGAUGGUUGGGCCCCUCCAAACUGUCAGUUCGCCGGCUUUGGAGGAAGCAUUGACAGUGGGCCCCCCCCACUUUCCAAAGUUGGACUCUUUAGUUUUGUCGGGACUAUUGUGGGCAUAACCCUUGCUGCCGCUGUAGUCACUGUAGCUAUCGCUCUCUUACUUAAAAAGCCUGUAGCAACAGUGAUUCAUAGAGCAUCUGAAAGCAUUGGGCAAAUACAUCCAUCUCUCAGGAGCAUGUGAAAACAAGGCGUUAGCUUCAAAAAGCCAGUGCAGAGUGGCAAGUCCAUGGUUUAGGGUUUCUCAGAACAGUUGUGGAAAUGCCUGGGGAACCCUGCCGGAGAAUCGAUGGAUCCAGAUGACUAGUUUCAGUAGGACUCAUGUAAAUGUACUUUAUUCAU